GUGGGUUGUGAGCGAUGACAGAAAACCCAGGCUGAAUCUUUUUGGAGCCUGAAAAGAGAUUUUUAACUGAGAGAAUUUUUUUCCCUUUCAAUCACCAAGAUGCUUUAAACGUCUGGAUGUCAGUUUCCCAACUUCUGAAGGAAGACAACAACAGUAAGAAGAAGGAUUGCUGUGUGUUUUGCACUGGACGAAUGAAAAAGAAGAUUUGAACUUUUUUUUAUUGGAAAGGAGAAAAUCUGAGCUUUCAUUUUGCUGCAGGAUGUUAGUGAUGGUGACUGUGUGACUGAGGGGGGUUUGAGUGGAAGGUUUUCUGAGCUGAAGUGGAUUCAUUUUUGACUUUGAGCUGAGGAGAAUUUUAUUCCGUUUUUUGGUUGAGUUAAAUUCAUUUUUAAUUUUGAGCUGAGGUGAAUUUUAUUCCUUUUUCUGGCUGAGAUGAAUUCAUUUCCAAUGAGGUGAAUUAGGUUCUAAUUUUGAGCUGAGGUGAAGUUUAUUUGUUUUACUGAGGUGAAUUCAUUUUUAAUGUUGAGUUGAGGUAAAUUAAGUUUAGUUUUGAGGGGAGGUGAGUUUAUUUUUGAUUUCGAGCCGAGGAAGAGUUGCUUUCUGGUUGAUUUGAGGUGAAUUUUGUUUUAUAUUUUUAAAUAUAUUUUGUGUUUUGAGGGAAGAGUUAAGGUUGCUGGGCUUGUAGAGACUGACCUACCUGGUUGUUCCCCUGGAGAUGGCCGGCAGCAGCUCCAGCCCCGGCUGCAGCCCGGGACCCGGCGCUGGGGGCGCCGCGGGUGAAGGGGCUCCGGGCCCUGUCCCCGGGCCCGGCUCCUCCAGCGGCGGGAGCGCCGGCUCCACCGCCUCCAACCCCCGCAAGUUCAGCGAGAAAAUCGCCCUCCACAACCAGAAGCAAGCGGAGGAGACAGCUGCCUUCGAGGAGGUGAUGAAGGAUCUGAACGUGUCCCGGGUACAGUUUCAUAAACUACACCACUUACGUUUAGCGCAGACCCGGGCACAGUAUUAUGGAGGAUCGCUGCCCAACGUCAAUCAGAUUGGGAACAACGCAAACGACUUGGAGACGUCAUUGCAUCCCACUCUGGAUUCUGCACGAGGGACGCGGCAUCAUGGUUUGGUGGAGAGGGUUCACAGAGACCGGAGUCACAUGAUAUCUCCUCGCCGACGCCAGCCUGCAGUGGAUAAACAUGGCCGACAGAUCGGCAGUUCCCCAUAUGGUUCAGUUUAUCUCUCUCCGCCACCAGAUGCAAGUUGGAGACGAACAAACUCUGACUCAGCUUUGCAUACCAGUGCCCUGAAUCCCAAUCCGCAAGAUGCCUUCAUGAGCGGGAACCAGCUGUUCCCACAACAGGACCGGCAGAAUGUAAAUUAUUGUGAUGAGAUGAACAGUCUGGGAGAAGUCUUUUCAUUCCCAGUCCUGACAAAUGAAGACAGUCUCUUAAAGCUGAACAAACCUUUACCCAAACAGCUGUGGGAAGCAAAGAAGGUUCAGUCGCUGUUGUCGCGUCCCAAGUCUUGUGAAGUUCCUGGCAUCAGUAUCCAUCCAUCCCCAGACCAGAAUGUUGGGUUGUUACAUUUUCAAGGGUCACUAAACACAGGAGGCUCUCUGCCAGACCUCACAAAUCUUCACUUCCCAUCGCCUCUGCCGACCCCUCUGGACCCUGAAGACAGCAACUUCCCCAAUAUCAGUGGAGGAAGCAGCACCAGCAACCUGGCUGCUACCAUGACACAACUGGGCAUCAGCAACUCUCAAGGUUUGUCCACAUCUUUGCACAGCUCUCUGAGUAACCCAUCGAUACAGGCUUCACUCAGCAACUCUGUGCUGCAGUCUCCUUUAAACAACCACUCCCUCAGCAACCCCUCCAUCCACUCCUCAUUGCGGUCCUCACUAAGCAACCCAUCAAUCCCAACUGCCUUGAAGGGCUCGCCACGACGCCGGCAGACACCGGUCAGUCCGCUAACACUCUCACCAGGAAUGGAGUCUCGAAGAUCCAUGAGCAAACAGUUCUCACCAACCAUGUCACCAACGCUGUCUUCGAUUGCACAAGGGGUUGCCUUGGAUACAAGUAACAUGACCAUGGAACACCUGCCGCCUUAUCCCCUCUAUCAGCAACUGCACCAAUCCCAACACAAAGUGCAGCAUCUACAGGGACAGUCACCAGUGUCUCCUCUUCAUCACCUCUCUCAACAAUCGCCGAUCGAGCUUCACUCUCCCACCAAUGACUCAUUGGAAAAUGUCUUCAGUGAUCCAUGUUUUGGGCAGCACUUAGUUGCCAGAAACACCAAGCCUUUGUCACAGCAGGUAUGGAAGUUUGCCAUCCACAGACCUAUGGAGAUCCCCAGCAGUCUAGGGAUAUCAGAGUGGGAUCGGGUUAUGCUGGAGCAGUUCAACAUGUUGGAAAACCCAGUCGGCUCCUUGGCAAUGAGCGGCAACAGCUUCUAUAACCCAGGCCCCAGCCUGCACUAUUCGCAGGCCUCCUCAGCGGGUUUGACUGGGAGUCUGCAAGACCCAUCUCAUCUGAAACCCAACCUGCCAUACUCUACCUGUACUGGGAAUAUCCCUAACAUCAUUUUAACAGGGGAUUCUCCACCUAGCCUGUCCAAGGAUAUCAGCAGUGCUCUGGCUGGUGUCCCAGACCUGACCUUUGACACCGAUGGCCAGUUCCAACUGGAUGAUGAGUUAAAGAUCGAACCACUUAGCCUAGAUGGACUGAGCAUGCUCAGUGAUCCAGAUCUGGUUCUGGCUGACCCUGCGAUAGAAGAUACAUUCAGGACGGACAGAGUGUAACCACCCCAACUUAUUACUUUGGAGGUGACAGCAGGAGAGAAUAUAUCUGGACACUACAGAGUGAAGGAGAGCAUUUACAGAUUGGCUCAUGGGCUACAAGACUUAUUUUUUUAAUGAUUAAAGCACUAGUCACUGCUUUUGGUUUUUAACUGUAUUCUUUUCCGUGUAUGUUUAGCUGAGUUAAGGUUGAAAUGUUUUUCAGUUUAAGCUGACCAUUGCCAGACAAUAACCACCCCAGCACAGGGCACAUGAUUGUACUGUAUUUGACUUAAAUAGAUGUAAUGCAAAUUGUUUACAAAUCUUAAAUCUUAGCUUUUCACAUCAAAACCAGAAAAUUUGCAUUUUGUAAAAUAUUAUUCUUUUUACUCUUUAAAUUUACAUCUUUCUAAACCACUACAGCUAACUGAAACUUCUGUUAAGGUAUAGAAUUCUUUGGCAUUGUUUCGAUAUUUGCUGCUGUUUGUGGUUCAGAGUCACGUACUCUAGCAGGCCCUGGCCAUGCUCCGUGCUGUGAGCUGCUGUCGGCUGGAAUAGCUGUUGGGGUCAGUUACCCUAUAGGCUGAAGGGUGAGUAAUCUGCCAGAUUCCCUUCCCCUCCCCUCCCUCCUCUCCUCCAUUGGGAACAUCCUCAAUGCGUUGGGUCAGACAUGAAGAAAGCAGCAGAGGCUAACCAACAGCACCAGUGCAAGCCCUGCACCUUCGGACGGCAAGGAGAUGUUUAAAAUCAGUACCUGAUGCUUUGCCUUGUAAAAAGCUGGUAUUUGAAAUGGGCUGAAUUUCUACUUGACCCACUGGGACCAGGAGAAACGGUCACUGGGCGUUUGGGACCAGGAGAGGGUGUGGCCGCUAACCACUCUUGCUGAUCUGUAACAUUAUCCAUUGCCAUUUCUAUUCUCCAAAAAUAAAUACACAUUAAUUUGUGUAGAAAAGCAGUUUCUUCAGUUCUAAACGCAUUAUGAAAUGUAAGCGUUUCAAGAAGCUGAAUUGUGGUGAAAUAAGCUGUCAUUUCAGAACCCAAUUUCCUUUCUUCUGUCUGACAGAAGUUAGUGCAGUAGGCAGCUAUGACCCCCCUCUCUUUUUAAUAUAAAUAUAAUUUAUAAUUCUUUAUUCACAAGACAAAUAUUCAAUUGUGUGGGAUGGAAUUUAAAUAACAUAAUCAGAGUUUCUGAUGUCAGAAUGGUGAAAAGCUGUAGUUUUAAAUUGCUAUACUGUGAGGUUAACACACCCACUGAAUGGCUUAAAAGACAGAAAAUUACAAUCUGGCUGUUAUCUUUGGAGAGAAUUCAUUGCUUCUUUGUACCUUGCAGCUGGAAACUGGAGCUGGAAGUGCUCUGUGAUUAGGAAUUGUAGACCUUGCCCACAGAGCUUGAAUACUAAUAGAAUGGAAGAUAGUUAUGGCUAGGGAUAUGAGAGGCUAGAAUACCGCUUGUGAAAUGCUGAGACAGUACAGGUGAACCUCCCUCCUGGUCACCUACUGGUGAAGCUAAAAUGCAGAUUCUUUUUUAAAAAAAGAAGAGUGAAAUAGAUUCAGUCUUGAUUCACCUGAGGAAAUGUGUGUUUGGUUCAUGCUGAGAACAGAACCCUUAUCAAGACUGAAGACAAACAGAAAGCUCUUAACGCCGCUUUGCACAAACCACCUUGCCUCUUGUGUUUUAUAAAGCAUUUAUUUUUCUCUAAACAAGUUUUAUGUGAGCUUAUUAUGAACCUGUUCCUUGAUGUCCUCUGCCUUGACUCAUUUUGAAGAUGCAGUGUAGUUUGAUGAUAUUAGUGGGCAGUUUCAUUCUAUUACCAUUGCAUUGCACACACCGUUUUGUUGGUUUGUAUUUAUAGAAGUGUCAGCACUGGACACUGUCAUCACUGUCCAUUCACCUCUGAGACUGAUUCAUUCAGACUCCAGACAAAGUUUCACCUGUACAUUUCUCAUUCUAAUAGCCAGCAUCUUCUCACUCUCAAACCCCUAGAGUCUUUCUCAUACUAAAUGAAAGUGACUGUGCCUCAUAGUUUAGAACGUGGACAUAGGGUCACCUCUUCCUCCAGUCUCAAACCAUCAUCUCAUCCUUGACAUUACAAAGGUUAUUUUCCCUACAGUAGUCUGAAAACCAAAACUUCCUUAAAUGACCAAGAGAAAAGGCAGAUGUAUCACCCCCCAGAACUUCUACAUCUUGAGGUAAGAGUGAAACAAGGAAUAACUAUACUUUAGAGGACAGGCUGUACGUUGAAGUCAUUGAACUCCAACAUGUUUCAUUUUACAGUGUUGUCUUCGUUAUCCUGAGUUCAAAGCAGAAUAUGUUGGGGUUGACAAUUUGAUCUAUCAUGUUCUGUAGAUAUGGAAAUGACUUGUCAAGUGGCCAAAGGAACCUUUCAUUAGAAAUACUAAACUGUGUUACUUUGGGAUUCUCACUGAGUUGUAUUCCCAGUCUUUUUUUCUGCUUUUAUUUCAGCUAUUAAAUAUUUAGAUGUAUCAAAUAUUCAAAAUCCUGUUUGGUUAAAUUUUAAAAAUUGGGUUUUGCUGCAGAGGAGAGAACGUGUGUUUGUUAAAAUCUCGCAAAGUGCUGUCUUUAUUUAUUAAUGUGCAGAGCCAGGAUUUUCCAACUUCUGGUUUAAAAUAGACCACAAUAGACCCAGUACUGGCACCUGGCCCUCUGAGAUGUAGAAUAGGUUUCAUGGUCUGUUUUUAAAAUCAACCAAUUUUUCUUUGGUGCUGGAUUAAUUCAGUUGUAUAAUUGCUCAUUACAUCUAUAUUUUAUCAUUUGUAUUUUCUUACAAAAGAUUUUUAAAUUUUUUUUGUCAGUAGAGAAUAUUUUUGAACUAUUACCCCACUCACAACUUCAGUAAAUCCCCAAGCCUAAUCUUUUGUCUGAUUUUGUUCACAAUGCUGUGGGACUAAGGAAAGCCCUGUCGGACCACACUAGAGCAGAUCUCAGUGCACACUAUCUCAUUCUCUGACAUAUUGCAUAUCUUAAACAUACAGUGAUUUUAAUCUAACUGACUGGCCAGGAAUCCUAAUGGAUCACUGGAGUGAUACCCCAUCUGACUGCAUUCUCUGGGGAGUGUAAUAGGGUAGGUUGUCAAACUGAUGUUGCACACUAUCUUAGAUUUCUCCAACAAUGGUACUGACUAAAAUUGCUCUCCCACAAUAAGCUGAUCUCCCUGUGUCUGGGAACAAAAUCCCUCAGUGAUUUGAUUAGAAAUUAACCUCCCUUGUGCGCACACACACCGCAUUGGUGCCCAUCAAGUUUGAAUCGGCCUCAGUCUGCAUUCACACUCAUGAUCAGUAUUCAAUAUGGCGAUGCGUGUGUGUCUGCGUAGAGAGCUGGUGCAAUCUUGGUUUCCUAACGAGCAGAAAGCUUGUCUCUUUCACAGUCUAGUUGAUGUGCUGGCACUGUAAUUGUACAGUAAAAGACUGCACCUUAGGAAAGAUGGGGUGAUAAUGACCAAGGUUGGCUUGAAGAAUGGGAAUAUGCAGUAUAGCACCUACAAUAGCCCAUCUCUUGGAUCGCUACAUUAGAGCUGGAUUGAGCUCAGUAUUAAGCUCUCUCUCCCCUUCCAACUUCCUUUAUCAUCAUUGAAUUUUAUCAAUGUCCAUUUAUUGUAAAUCCUUUUUAAUUUAUUCUGACCUCUUGAACCAUAUGUCCUUGUUAACCAUUUUGUGUUAGUAGAUGGUCCAUUUUUUUAAACUAAUUUUAUUAAAUAUUCACCAUUAUGUAUCUGGUUCUGUGACCUAUCCUUUGACAUUUUGAAUUCAGUUAUUGUGAAGUGUACAGUAAUAUUUAAAUAGGACUUAUCUGUGAGCUAGUGUUACUUUUUGUAAAGUGUCAUUUUGCAUCCUGUCUUUCAAAUAAAACAUAUCAAA